AGUGUACAUGUGCUGCCGCGCUGGAUUGCUUACUUCUGAUACCGACUUAUACGCCGGGCUCUUGUCUCUAAUCUUGACUUGAGGUACAUACACGCGCUGGGCUUUAUUCGCAGCCUAAUUGUCAAUGGAUAGGUGAUGCUAAGCGUUGGGCCUCGACGAACGCACUGCGCGGUGCGGUAGAAGCGCAGGCGCAAGUAUAUCGGCUAACAGCGCAUUACCGGCGUUUGCCCAAUCGUCUAUUACCUUUUGCAAAGGCCAUGGCAGACGGCUGCUUUGCCUGGCCACCUCCCAAUCGCACGCAACUACGGACUGCAAGCAUGCGGACGUCGAGAAUCCCGCAUGCGUUGCCCAAGCUCACAGCAUUUCGUGCAAGUCAAUCCUAUGCAAUUAAACUCGUUUCUCCGAGCUUCAUGUUAAUUUCGCGAAAAUGCAACAAAACGCAAAGCGCGGCUGUCUCCGGUGUCAGUGGCAUGGCCAUGCCGGACCCAACGGAGCCCUCCGCCCCGCAAUCUGAAGAGGCGACAAAGGCAGUGCAGAUGGAACGCAAGCGCUCGCGUGCCCUGAUGCCCUACCUGGUGCCCUCUCCAAACCACGGAAUCAUCGGCAGCUCAAAAUACGCUGACCGGCUGCGACGGCAGGUGGUUGCCGCGGCGCGUGAUAACAGCAGGCGAGCCGUGCUUAUCUUCGGUGAGCCCGGCCUGGAGAAGCCCAACGUGGCAGCGCUCAUUCACUUCGGCGGACCCUGCCGUACAACUCCCAUGGCAGCCCUGGACUGCGCGCGGCUGGAUUGGACGGGAUUGGAGCUGUUCGGCCGGGGCGAGAAGGCGGGGCUGGUAGAGACGGUGGGAGACGGCACCCUGCUGCUGCAGAAUGUGCACAAGCUGCCUCCCUCGCUGCUCCCAAAGCUCGUCCGGCUAUGCGGCGAUGGCACCUACCGCCGCGCCUCCAACCCCGACCAGAUUUCCUGCCUCCUCACUCCGCUAGACAGUCGGGACGCCCUGCCAGACACCCUGCCGCCACGCCGCCGCGCAUCCUGCCGCAUCAUCAUGACUGCUAGCCGCCAGGUUCCCCAACUUGACAAGGUUGCCACCACCAUCAAGGUUCCGCCUCUGCGCCUGCGCCCCUCCGACGUCAGGGACCUGCAGCGAUACUACCUGCAGCAGCUGGCCCGGCGGCAGGGCGCCUCGCCCACCUCCUCGCUGCGACUGGAGCUCAGCCCCGGAGCGGUACGGCAGCUGGAGAGCUACGGCUGGCCCGGGAACAUCACGGAGCUGGCCCAGCUGGUGGAGCGGGCGGUGCUGCAAUCAGACGAGGCGGCUGCGGGGCCGCCUGGGGGGCGGAUCAGCGAGGAGGUGUUCUGGUUCGCAAAGCAGGCCAAGGACCGCUUCCGUCUCAAUCUGCUGGCCACCUACCCGCCGCUGCGCCGCCUGCUGCGGUCGAGACUCUGGCCCGAUGCCAUAAACUUCAACUUCACCGCCUACAUCUACCCCCUCAUCGUCGCCCUGCUGCUGCUGGGGCCCCAGGACCGCGCCCACAACCCCGCCCUGCUGCUCUUCUGGGACGGCUGGUGGCCCGCUGUGUUCCUGUCGUACCCGCUGCUGGGCCGCGUGUGGUGCGCGGUGUGCCCCUUCAUGAUAUGCGGGGAGCUGGUGCAGCGCUGGAGGCUGG